AUGCUUUUCACCACUCUCCUCGCCCUUUCUGUUACCCCCGCUACCGUCCUCGCCGCGUGGGGUGAUGCGUGCAGCAUUACCCUCAGUGGUGGCGGCAGCGGCUACGACAUCGGCCUCUAUGGUUCGUUCCCCGACGUGUCUCCGCUGACGCCAGGUACCUGCGUCUGGACCUCCGAGUGCCACCUAGACGAUGGCACCCCCGGUAUAUACAGGCCUGGGGGCUGCCCCAACGACCCCGCCGAUGUCCAGUGCUGCUGGACGCGAAACUGCCUGACGGUCGAAGCGAACCGCUGCCCCGGCGAUGAGACCAUCAUGUGUGCGGUCUACUCCAACGAGUGCUGGAAAGUCGACACGGGCAGGUGCCCUGGCGGGUGGAACGAACGCUUCGGUCUCUACAAGUACACUGAGAAUGGUGUCGUCCGUAAAUGCGACCCUCCUGCUGUGCUCCCGGUCCGCAUCCCCGGAUCGCUUGGCCACACGCUGUAA